UAGAGCAGCGCACAAAAGAGAUGAAGGGAAUCAACAACGCCAAGCUCAUCCUCCUGCAGUCCGCCAAGCAGGCAGGUGGCGGAGGCGGCGCCGGCGGUGGAUCCACGGCGGCGCCCAUGUUGUAUCUCCUGGGGUCUCAUCACCGUCUCUGGCUCAUCGCCUUCGCCUUCUUCUUCACCUUCGCCGCCCUCCUCGCCUUCGUCACCACUACCACCACCCCUCGAGACCCCGGCCUCUCCUCCUCUAACCAAUUUGCUCGUGCCCCUUCUUCCUUCCGACACAACUCCCGUCUCCCCGACCCCGUCUUUGACGCCCUCGUCAACUACGCCGCCGCCUCAAAUUCCAGCGGCAAGAUGGGAGACGCCGACCUCCGCACCAUCGCCGCCGUGCUCCGGCGCCGCGCUCCCUGCAAAUUCCUCGUCUUUGGCCUCGGCCACGAGACCCCUCUCUGGCGCGCCCUCAACCACGGCGGCCGCACCGUCUUUCUCGACGAGAACGAGUACUACAUCGCGCACCUUGAGGGCCACCUCCCGGGCCUCGAGGCCUACGACAUCGCCUACACCACCAAGGCCCGAGAGAUGCCCGACCUCAUCGCCGCCUCUCGCCGCGGCCGCCGGGGGGACUGCCGCCCCGUCCAGAACCUCCUCUUCUCCAACUGCCGCCUCGCCCUCAACGACCUCCCCAACGCCCUCUACGACAUCCCCUGGGACGUCAUCCUCGUGGACGGGCCCCGCGGCCACGCCUCCACCUCCCCCGGGAGGAUGUCCGCCAUCUUCACGGCAGCGGUGAUGGCCCGCUCCGCCGGCCCGGGGCCCACCGACGUGCUGGUCCACGACUACGAGCGCGAGGUGGAGCGGGUGUGCAGCGAGGAGUUCCUCUGCAACGAGAAUCUCGUCGCCAACACCGGCCAGCUGGCCCACUUCCUCAUCCCCUGCGGCAACGGCGCCACCCGCGACGACUUCUGUGCCAACAGCACCAUCGCUGAGGCCGCCCAGUAAUUUUUUUUUUCUUUUUUUUUACAGGGGACAGCAAGGUUUUCUUGGGUAUUUUUAUAUUUUUUUUUCCAUAAAAAAAAUUUAUGACGACGCUUUAAAGCGUC